AUGUCUUCCUCAAAGUUUUCCUGGCAAAAUGUUGCUAUUGUUCUAUCUCUAUGCCUUGGAAGCAUCACCUAUGGCUAUAACUUCAGUAUCAUCUCUACGACAGUGGGCCAGCCGACCUGGUACGCCAGCAUGGGCUUAACAGCUGAUCCCACGGAUGCAUCACUCUAUGCCUACAGCAACCAGAUGAUUGGCACCAUCUUUGGUCUUUUCUCGGCUGGUGCAAUCUUCGGUGCCCUAUUCGUCGGCUGGGUCUGUGAUGCAUACGGCCGUAAACAGUCCUUGAUGCUUGCUGCUUUCAUCAACAUCAUCGGCGGUGCACUUCAGACUGGCUCGGUACACGUUGCGAUGUUCAUCGUGGCCCGCAUGGUCACUGGCUUCUCUUCAGCUAUGUUUGUGACCUUGGUGCCGAUCUAUAUUGCUGAGAUCGCUCCUCCUGGGGUUCGGGGGCUUUUGGUUGGCCAGCAUGGUGCAUUCUUCCUGGUGGGCUACGUACUCGCCGCCUGGGUUGGUGUGGGUAGUUUCUACUCUGCCAACCACCAGUUCAAUUGGCGUUUCCCGCUGUCGCUGCAAAUCCUGUGGCCCUUGCUCAUGUGCUGCUUCAUCAAGUGGCUCCCCGAAUCCCCGCGUUGGCUGGUCAGCAAAGGUCGAAACGACGAGGCGUGGCAGAUUCUCGAAAGACUGCACUCGACCAGCAAGGAUGCCGCCCACACCUUCGCGCGUGAAGAGUUUUUCCAGAUUACCUCUCAAUACUCGGUGGACGAAGCUUCGUAUGGACAUGUCACCUGGCUUGACCUCUUCCGCAAGCCUCAUUUCCGGAAAAGGAUGCUUAUCGGAACCCUCGUCAUGUGGGCAUCUCAGGCGAACGGGGCUAUUGUCAUCUACAGUCGAUUAGGCAAUAUUGUUGGCCUCGUAGCGGGUCUAGGCUUCAGCAACAGCGACUCUCUACUUCUUUCCGCGGGUUGGAUCACCUGGGCUUGCGUGGGCAAUUUUGCGAACGCCCUCUUUCUUGACCGGCUUGGGCGCAUUCGUAGUCUAUUGAUUGGAAUCAGCGGUUGUGUGGUUUUUGUGAUCAUCGAGGCUGCCAUCGUCAAGAAUUACGGAUCCUCGACAAACAAGGCAGCUCUGGCCGCUGGUGUGGCUAUGCUCUUUGGCUUCAUUACAUUCUAUGGAGGAUUCGUCGACACCACGAUCUAUGUCUACUGCUCCGAGAUCUUCCCUACUCAUAUUCGCUCCAAGGGCAUGGGCUGGUCUCUGGCCAUCUUCUUCCUCUCGACUCUUCCCUUCCUCGAGUCGGCGACGACCGGAUUUGCCACGAUUGGCUGGAAGUACUAUCUACUUUUCAUCAUUCUGCCUUCCAUCAAUGUGCUUCUGCUGGCGCUCUUCUGCCCCGAGACCAAAGGUCUUUCUCUGGAAGAGAUCAACGGCGUCUUCAAUGACACGGUCGCUGUCCAAAUCACCCAUCUCGAUGCUCAGGAGCGGAGUGCCUUGGACGCGCGAAUCCUGGCGGGUACUCCUGAUAUUGGCGAAAAGGACCAGGCAACCGACGGGAGCACCGAAAAGAACGGCAGUGUCGUCUAA